UAUGAUAACAGUGACAACUUGGAGGAGAUGUGUUAUUAAGUUUCUCUUGGCAAAAUGUCAGCCCACGACCAGUUGGUCUUCUGUUUGUGUGAAAUAACAAGGUUGCUGCUGCCCCUUGUGUUCCUGUCUGUGCUGCUCCUGGUCCUGCUGGUGCUGGCGGUGCGCUCCUGGCUUCAAAGCAGCAGGAAUGCUAGGCGGGCGAGGGACGGCCGGCCCUCGCUGGCCUUCUUCCACCCCUACUGCAAUAAUGGUGAAGGGGGAGAGAGGGUGCUGUGGUGUGCCAUCAGGGCACUGCAGACCAGGUACGCAAACAUCAACAUUGUGGUGUACACUGGGGACAUGGGAGUGACGGGACAGCAGAUCCUGGAAGGAGCGCGGCGUCAUUUCAACAUGGUGCUCCCCCGCCCGGUUCAGUUUGUGUUCCUGAACCACCGACUGCUUGUGGAGCCCGGCCUGUAUCCUCACUUCACCCUGCUGGGACAGAGUGUGGGCUCCAUCUUCUUGGGAUGGGAGGCGCUGACCAAGUUUGUCCCGGACCUUUACAUCGACUCCAUGGGUUACGCCUUCACUCUGCCCCUGUUCCGCUUCCUGGGAGGCUGCAGCGUGGGGAGUUAUGUUCACUGCCCCAUCAUCACCACUGACAUUGUGUCUGUCGUCAGAGAGAGGAACCCAAGGUUCAACAACCCCCCAGACUACGCCCCCAGCAGUCUGUUCCUGAGCGCCUUCACGGUGAUCUACCACUGCCUGUUGGCGCUGCUCUACGGCAUGGCGGGCUCCUGCAGCGACCUCAUCAUGGUCAACUCCUCCUGGACCCUGGAGCACAUCCUGUUGUUGUGGGGCGCUCCCAACUCCACCAGCGUGGUCUACCCGCCCUGCAACGUCAGCGCGUUCUUGGACGUCCCGCUGGAGGACGACGGGGACAGGAAGUGCCACUCGAUCGUUUCCGUCGGGCAGUACAGGCCGGAGAAGGACCACCGGCUGCAGAUCAGGGUCUUCAAGAAGGUGUUGGAGCGGAGGGGGGACAGGGAGUCGCUGAAGCUGGUUCUGAUUGUUGGAUGCAGGGACCAGGAGGACGAGGACAGGGUGCUCAUGCUGAGGGGGCUGUGCCAGGAGCUGGGCGUGGCCAACAGGGUGGAGUUUAAAGUGAAUGUGUCCUUUGAGGAGCUGAAGAGAGAGAUGGCAGACGCCACCAUCGGACUGCACACCAUGUCUGAGGAACACUUUGGGAUAGGCGUGGUGGAGUGUAUGGCAGCAGGGAAGGUCAUUCUGGCUCACAGGUCUUGCGGUCCCAAGUUGGACAUCGUGGUCCCUUUGGAAGGAGGUCAGACGGGCUUCCUGGCCGACGACGAGGACGGCUACGUGGAGGCUGUGGAGAGGAUCCUGGCGCUGGCGCCCGCCAGCCGGCUGGACAUCAGACGCAACGCACGCCAGUCGGCGGCUCGCUUCUCAGACCAGGAGUUUGAAGCCUGCUUCCUGGCGGCCAUGGAGCCUCUGAUGGGAACACUUGAACGAUGAGAGGACUUGUUAUAGUGGCUGUUUGAUGCGCCGAGGGCUGCGUUUUGGCAAAUUGUAAUUAUUUUGGCCUUAUGGUUGGAGAGAAAACAGCUACAGGAAAAUUGUGUUUUUGAGUUGUAUUUGUAAAUAUUAGAUUAUCUUGUGAAAUUAUUAUAAUAUUAUAUAUGUUCUUAUGUUCUUACAAGAUACAUUCCUUUUGCAGUGGUGUCAGUUUAAUUAAACAGAGAUGUUUAAUAUAU